UCCUCCCCUUCGCCGCUUGCCUUGCCGGGUCUUGGAGAGCCUGGGUUUCCCCCGCAGGCUCCGGUGGCGCUGCGCGCCGCUUUCAAACGCCGAGCCUGCAGCCGCGAUUGGAGGGGCGCAAGGAGAAGGCGUCGCCUUCAACAACAAAACACCCGGCUCUUGGCGCCGCCGGGAAACACCCGCUACGGGAAGAUGUCGGCUCUGCCUAGAAGAGCUAGAACAGCACCAAAACCAGGGAUUCCAGAAGAUGAGCUGCCUUCUUUCCUUAAAUCAUCUUCAGAAUCGGAAGAGGAAACGCACGAAGAGGAAUGGGAGCCCAAAAAGAAAGUCGCAAGGAAGGCCAGUGCGCCCAAAACAAAAGUGCCGAGAGCGAAAAAACCCACUGUAGCUGCGCAGAAGAAACCAGCUGUGCCUAGGAAAAGGACCAAGAAGGUGGCAGUAAAAGAGGAAUUGGACACAUCAGUGCCUAUUGCUGCUCCUGGAGGGAACGAAGGUACGUUUCACCUGCUGCAGCCUAAGGAAGAGGAAGAUGUCAAGCCAAAAUCCGCACCCCAAAUGCUCCCCGUGAAAGGGCGCCCGGCCCACAGCCUGGAGAACGCCGAAGGACCCUCCACAAGUGCCGCUGCAACGAAACGAAAAGUGAAGUCGGAAGAGUCUGAAGAAGAUUUUACAUUCGACGAGCCUCCUUUAAAAAAAUCAAAAUCAGCCACAUGUCCUCAGGGAAAGCCUGUGAAAUGUGCGGCGAGUGCCAAAUUGGACGAAGACCAUAAAAUGAACUGGGACAUUGUGCAGGUCUUGUCGCAAAGGACUGGCGUUGAAGAAUGGGUGUGUGCGAACAUAAUCCGCCUCUUCAACGACGACAAUACAAUUCCUUUCAUUGCCCGGUAUCGAAAAGAGCUUAUAAACAACAUGGAGGCCGAUGCGUUGCGUGAAGUGCAGCAGACACUGGAAGAACUACAGACUGUUGCGAAAAAAGUUCAUGCUUCGAUCCAGAAACUUAAGAAAGAAGGAAAACUCUCGGAAAGCCUUUUGACUGCUUUAUUAAACUGCAGAACCUUGGAGGAGUUGGACCACGUGUAUGCGCCGUAUAAAACGGGAAGCAAAGGAACAAAAGCACAAAGAGCCAGGCAACUGGGAUUAGACCAUGCUGCAAAUUUGCUCAUUGAGAACCCAAGAGAACUCAACCUACACUCUUAUGUCAAGUCCAGUGUCGAAGGUCUUUCCACGGUUGAGGAAGUAAAAUCUGGAGUGCAGCACAUCUUGGCUGACAUGAUUGCUAAAGAUAAAGAGACGCUGGAUUUCAUCAGAGAUUUAUGCCAAAGAAAGUACAUUUGUAUUCAGUCAUCCUUGGCAAAAGUGACCUCGAAAAAGGCCAAUGAAAAAGAUGUCAACAAGUUUCACCUGUACCAGAAUUUUUCUUGCAAUAUAAAGAAUAUUCAGCAUCACCAGAUUCUAGCCAUUAACCGAGGGGAGAAUCUCAAAGUCCUGACAGUGAAGGUCAACAUUCCUGACGGCGUGAAGUUUGAAUUCUGUAGGUGGUGUGUAAAUGCAAGAUGGAGACCAAAGGCCUAUGCGCAGCCUGAAUUAAUGGAGCUUCUACGUUAUUCAACAGAAGACUCCUACAAGCGCCUUAUUUAUCCGCUUCUCUGCAGAGAAUUCAGAUCUAAAUUGACUUCAGACGCAGAGAAGGAAUCUGUAAUGAUGUUCGGAAGGAACCUCCGCCAGUUGCUUCUCAUGAGCCCUGUAAGAGGACGGACCUUGAUGGGAGUUGAUCCUGGCUACAAACAUGGUUGCAAACUGGCCAUCAUUUCACCAACCAGCCAAAUACUCCAUACUGAUGUUGUCUAUUUACACUCUGGUAAAGGAUUCCGUGAAGCUGAGAAGAUACGGACACUUCUGCUGGAUUACAACUGCGGCACCGUUGUGAUUGGCAAUGGAACGGCUUGUAGGGAAACAGAAGCUUCCUUUGCUGACUUGAUUACGAAGAAAUACUUCGCGCCUUUGGAUGUCACUUACUGCAUUACCAACGAAGCGGGAGCCUCAAUAUACAGUGUUAGUCCAGAAGCUACCAAGGAGAUGCCUGAUUUAGAUCCUAACCUACGAAGUGCAGUUUCCAUUGCGAGACGAGUACAGGACCCAUUAGCUGAGCUAGUGAAAAUUGAGCCCAAACACAUUGGAGUUGGAAUGUACCAGCAUGACGUAUCUCAGACCCUGCUCAAAGCAACCCUAGACAGCGUGGUGGAGGAAUGUGUCAGCUUUGUCGGAGUUGAUAUUAACAUCUGCUCAGAAAUAUUAUUAAGACAUAUUGCAGGACUGAAUGCCAACAGGGCUAAAAAUAUAGUUGAAUGGCGAGAGAAGAAUGGAGUGUUCAUUAAUCGGGAGCAGCUCAAGGAUGUUAAAGGACUGGGUCCAAAAUCCUUUCAGCAAUGUGCUGGCUUUAUCAGGAUUAACCAGGAGCACAUCAGAACUCACUGCAGUCAGCAGGGUGAUCUUGCAGCUGAGGGUCAUAAAGUAGCUGCAAACGAGAAGCAGGGUAAGAAGAAAACCAAAGCGGCAAUAAACAUCAUUCGACGGCCAAAUCCUUUGGAUCAAACUUGCAUCCAUCCAGAAUCAUAUAACAUUGCAAUGAGGUUUUUAACGCUCAUUGGAGGAAGCCUCAGCGACAUUGGAAAGUCAGCCAUGCAGCAAAAUGUGGAUGUGAUAAUUAAAAAGGAAGGGCUGGAAGGAAUUGCAAAAAAAUUGAAUACAACGGGGCAAACACUGCAAAUAAUAAUCGAUGGGCUAACUCAACCUGAAGGCUUUGACAUCCGACAAGAUUUUGAUAAACCUGAUUUCAAGAGGAGCAUCGUUUGUCUUGAGGACUUAAAAGUUGGAACUGUCCUGACAGGAAGAGUUGUGAACGCUACUCUCUUUGGAGUCUUUGUUGACAUCGGCGUUGGCAGAGCAGGAUUGAUUCCCAUUCGGAACAUAACCGAAGACAAGCUUUCCAAAGAAAAGAAAAGGAGGAGUCUUGGCCUGGGCCCGGGAGAAAAAGUUGAAGUCAGAGUACGUGAAAUUGACAUUCCACGAUCCAGAAUAACACUGGACCUUAUACGUGUAUUGUGAGCAGUUUGUUGGCACUUUUCAAGGGCUACCAUCUUAUCACGAUGAGCAGAGCGCAGCUGAAAAACGUGGACAAAUUCAGGCUGUCGGCAGCCUAGACUGCGUUGGGGAGUCUAGAAGCUCAGAAUCUGGCCAGAAAUUUGCACAGAGACUCCUGACUGUAUGAAACAAUGCUAUGAUUUGUGGCAGGGUUGAGCAACCUGUGGCCUUCCAGAUAUGGUUAGACUCCAACUCCGGUCCAUCUCAGCUAGCACGGACAGCGGCCAGAGAUGAUGGGAAUUGUAGUUCGACAUCUGGAGGGCCAUCCCUGAUUCAUUAUGUGGGAGGCUAUAUACGUGGCUGCUGCAGGUUGUAUGAGCCAGUAAAAAAUUGUGAAAAAUCCAAAUGACUUUUGAAUUCCAAGACAUGAUUCUGUGGGGGCCCACUAAGUGUCUGAAUUGAGCCUUAGUUUCUCCAGCGGAGGAAAAAUUACUAAAUCUAGCAAUUUAAAACUGCCAGUUCAUGUUUAGAUGCAGAAAUUCUUGAUUUCUAAUGGUUUCAUCUACCUUUCCUGUACUUGCAUAUCUUUCCUUGUGGAGAUGGACAGAAAUACAGUGCUGGAACAAUUGAACAGGCCUUAGAUCAGGCUUCCUCAGACUUGGCCCUCCAGAUGUUUUUGGCCUACAACUCCCAUGAUCCUUAGCUAGCAGGACCAGUGGUCAGGGAUGAUGGGAAUUGUAGUCUCAAAACAUCUGGAGGGCUGAGUCUGAGGAAGCCUUCCUUAGAUGUAUGGAAUGAAUUGAGUUCCAGAAACUGGUCGGCAGGUUCCACUUUUCCACUUGGCAAUUCUAUUAGGAAGGCUUAUUAAGUCUCCCUCCCCAUCGCCCACACUUUCCUACUCAUAAACAAAAGGUGUGUCAGAAGCCAUCCUAGCUCUCACCCACGGUAUCAUGUGACCCUACAAUGACAUCAUGUGAUUGGCAGGGGGUUAUCCUGCCCACCUGUCAAAUUUGGUCCACACGACUGAUCCUGAUAAAAGAUUAGUUCCAUGGAGCCAAAAAGGUUUCACACCCUGAUAUAAACACAUAAAGUACUACAACCCUGGCAGAGGUUUAUUCCUGGGUAGGUUGCAUUGGUGGCUUCAGAGUAAGCACUUGUUCUAGACUUGAACCAAAACCUAUUAAACUUGGGAUUCCUCUUGGAAGUAAGGUGAAUCCUAAAAUAAAUGUGCACUCCAAGCAACUGCUUGGUUGGUUGGUUGCGGAUUAAAUUGUUAUCUUCUGUUCAGCUUCAAAAAAGAAUAUUUCCUGGAUCUGUUUCUAAGAUGUUACUUUAAAAGUCAAGGGGUGGGUGGUUGCUAGUUUAAAAUUUAAAAAAAGAAGUUAUGCGAAAGGAAGGUUGUCUAAAUCCGGGAUAAUUGUAGGAACUGCAGUGCCAUCCUAUUGAAAUGGGAUUUGUAAUCAACAAAUGCAGAUUUUUUUUUUGUAUAUAUUUUAGCUGCAGGAUAUAAUAAUUAUUUUUUAAUUUACUUUGUUGAUAAACAACAUGGAAAUGUUUUCAUCAAGACGAGAAACUUUGUCUAAUGAUGUCUUUUGAAAAUCUUUUUAUUAAAAAAAUAAAUCAAUUUUA